AUGGGCGCAACAUGGUCGUCAAAGGUGGAAUUCAGAGCCUGGGCCACGGGCAGAUUCUUCAUCGUUUCCCCGAUGAUCGUGAUGUCAGAUCUCAUGAUCUGUUUCCAAGGGUUACCCAGAAUGGGCAUGCCGUCGGUAUUGCACCCUGUACGUAAGCGGCAAGAUGAGGAGGAGAUAACCAGCGCCAGUGGCAAAGAGAUAGCGUCACCGAGUUGUUGGUUGGAGGUUGUAGACGUUGUGUCACUGAAUGUCACUCCCAGCCGGAGGCUUUUUCCUGCCGAUCCCAUGCGAUGCUCGUUCAACGGUUGA